CUGAGGCGAGCGGUGGUGUUGCCAUGAGGGAGAUCGUGCACAUCCAGGCGGGCCAGUGCGGGAACCAGAUCGGCACCAAGUUUUGGGAAGUGAUAAGUGAUGAGCAUGGCAUUGACCCAGCCGGAGGCUAUGUUGGUGACUCAGCGCUGCAGCUGGAAAGGAUCAAUGUCUACUAUAAUGAAUCAUCUUGUAAGUGUGGGAUGGGGAGGGGCACAGGAUGGGGAACUCCUCAGAAAUUCGUUCCAAGGGCAGUCUUGGUGGACUUGGAGCCAGGAACCAUGGAUAGUGUGCGGUCUGGUCCUUUUGGUCAGCUCUUUCGGCCUGACAACUUCAUCUUUGGACAAACUGGUGCAGGAAACAACUGGGCUAAAGGACACUACACAGAAGGGGCAGAGCUGGUUGACUCCGUGCUCGAUGUAGUAAGAAAAGAGUGUGAACACUGCGACUGCCUGCAAGGAUUUCAGCUCACUCAUUCCCUGGGAGGAGGGACAGGGUCUGGCAUGGGAACCCUGCUCAUCAGCAAGAUCCGAGAGGAAUAUCCAGACAGGAUAAUGAAUACCUUUAGUGUCAUGCCCUCCCCCAAGGUUUCUGAUACAGUGGUGGAGCCUUAUAAUGCUACACUCUCGGUCCACCAGCUGGUAGAAAACACAGAUGAAACCUACUGCAUCGACAAUGAGGCUUUGUAUGACAUUUGCUUCCGCACCCUGAAGCUCACCACUCCAACAUAUGGUGAUUUAAACCACUUGGUUUCUGCUACCAUGAGUGGGGUAACCACAUCCCUGCGUUUUCCAGGCCAACUCAAUGCCGACCUCCGGAAGCUGGCAGUAAACAUGGUCCCUUUCCCACGCCUUCACUUCUUCAUGCCAGGCUUUGCUCCUUUGACAGCUCGAGGCAGCCAGCAAUACCGAGCACUCACUGUUCCAGAGCUUACGCAGCAGAUGUUUGAUGCCAAGAACAUGAUGGCAGCCUGUGAUCCGAGACAUGGGCGAUAUCUGACAGUGGCUACUGUCUUCCGUGGCCCCAUGUCCAUGAAGGAGGUUGAUGAGCAGAUGUUGGCCAUCCAGAACAAGAACAGCAGCUACUUUGUGGAGUGGAUCCCAAACAAUGUCAAGGUGGCAGUGUGUGACAUACCUCCACGUGGCCUCAAGAUGGCUUCCACCUUCAUUGGCAACAGUACUGCUAUUCAAGAGCUCUUCAAGAGGAUCUCGGAGCAGUUUUCGGCCAUGUUCAGGAGAAAGGCCUUCCUCCACUGGUUCACAGGAGAAGGCAUGGAUGAAAUGGAAUUUACAGAAGCAGAAAGCAACAUGAAUGAUCUGGUUUCUGAGUAUCAGCAAUACCAAGAGGCAACAGCAAAUGAUGGAGAGGAAACAUUUGAAGAUGAUGAAGAAGAAAUCAAUGAAUAAAGAAACGAGGUGCUCUAUUUGCCAGGCCAAAUUCUCAAAUCAGGAUUUCUAAUAAUAAGGCUUAUGAAUCCAUAUUUAGGCUUCAAAAAAAUCAGGACCACAAAUUUUAGAUGUUAGAGGUGCUCUUCAGAGUCACUGAGAACAUUCAGCAUUUCUGGAAAUCAGGCUACUUCUAUUGAUGAGACAAAUGUAAAGCAUUCAGUUAAGACUUUGGCCUAAGAGUCUGAACACUGAGAUUGCUGGUUUGGGAUCUCUUUUUUUCCUUUUUUUUUUUUUUUUGCUUUUCCAAAGUUUGACAUCCCAAAAGUUGUGUGAGAGAAGAUGUAAGAUAGGCAUGAAAAAAUACAAGAAAGAGCUGCACUAUUUUGAUCCAGUUCUGAGGAAGAAAACCUUGUGGGUUUGAAGUAUUCCUUUUUGUACUGAAUGUACCAUACCAAACUGCCAGGAACAGAAUUUAUCCUUAAUAAAAAGAAGAAAAAGCUUGUAGCUAUUCUGUACAGUAACUGCUAACAGUGGUAUUUGA